GCCGAGCCGAGCCGAGCCGGGGGCGCAGAGCGCGGGAGGCGGCGGCGCGGAGCCCAGUAUGGAAAUUCCAUUUCCAUGGAAUUAUGCAAUCCAGGGCCUCUUGGGACUGGCCGUGCACUUGGCAGAAUGCUUUCACCUGAGUCGUAGCCAUUGUCAAUGCUUCUGGCCUUUUGGUGCUUAUCUAUUCAUCUGCUGACUCCACUCCUCUCAGCUACAAUGACAAGAGCUGUAUGGGAAGUCUCUAACUUUUUGAGGAACCAGCCACAGGCAGCCAUCUUGGUUUCUUAGGCAGCUCUGCUGCCCAUGGAAGUGCCCCGGCCUGGCUGAUGAAGUCGGUACACACACCAUGUCAUCAUGGGUCUCUAGCCAGCCCACCAGCGACCGGGCGGCCUCCCAGGAUGAGUUGGGAAGUGGGCGUGGCAGCCAGGAAGGCCAGAAGCCCUGUGAGGCCCUUCGGGGACUCUCUUCCUUAAGCAUCCACUUGGGCAUGGAAUCCUUCAUUGUGGUCACUGAGUGUGAGCCAGGCCCGGACGUGGACCUCAGCCUGGCCCAGGACCAGCCUCUGGAGGCCGAUGGCCAGGAACUCCCCCUCCAUGCCUCAGAAUCUGAGUCACGGCCCCUGCUCUCUGGUCGAAAGAUGUCCCUGCAGGAGCGGUCUCAGGGAGGGCCAGCACCCAGCAGCAGCUUGGACAUGAAUGGACGCUGCAUCUGCCCAUCCCUGUCCUACUCGCCGUCCAGCUCCCCACAGUCCUCGCCCCGGACGCCCCGGCGCCCCACAGUGGAGUCACACCACGUCUCCAUCACAGGUUUGCAGGACUGUGUGCAGCUGAAUCAGUAUACCCUGAAGGAUGAAAUUGGAAAGGGCUCCUAUGGUGUGGUCAAGCUGGCCUACAAUGAAAAUGACAAUACUUACUACGCAAUGAAAGUGCUGUCCAAAAAGAAGCUGAUCCGGCAGGCUGGUUUUCCACGUGAGCCCCCACCCCGAGGCACUCGCCCAGCUCCAGGGGGCUGCAUCCAGCCCAGGGGCCCCAUCGAGCAGGUGUACCAGGAGAUCGCCAUCCUCAAGAAGCUGGACCACCCCAACGUGGUGAAGCUGGUGGAGGUCCUGGAUGACCCCAACGAGGACCAUCUGUACAUGGUGUUUGAACUGGUCAACCAAGGGCCUGUGAUGGAAGUGCCCACCCUCAAGCCACUGUCUGAAGACCAGGCCCGGUUCUACUUCCAGGAUCUGAUCAAAGGCAUUGAGUACCUACACUACCAGAAGAUCAUCCACCGGGACAUCAAACCUUCCAACCUCCUGGUGGGAGAAGACGGGCACAUCAAGAUAGCUGACUUCGGUGUGAGCAACGAGUUCAAGGGCAGUGACGCCUUGCUCUCUAACACUGUGGGCACGCCUGCCUUCAUGGCACCCGAGUCACUCUCAGAGACCCGAAAGAUCUUCUCCGGGAAGGCCCUGGACGUUUGGGCCAUGGGUGUGACGCUGUACUGCUUUGUCUUUGGCCAGUGCCCUUUCAUGGAUGAGCGAAUCAUGUGUUUACACAGUAAGAUCAAGAGUCAGGCCCUGGAGUUUCCAGACCAGCCCGAUAUAGCCGAAGACUUGAAAGAUCUGAUCACCCGCAUGUUGGACAAGAAUCCAGAGUCCAGGAUUGUGGUGCCCGAAAUCAAGCUGCACCCUUGGGUCACGAGGCACGGGGCCGAGCCAUUGCCAUCCGAAGACGAGAACUGCACACUGGUCGAGGUGACCGAAGAGGAGGUCGAGAAUUCAGUCAAACACAUUCCCAGCCUCGCAACUGUGAUCCUAGUAAAGACCAUGAUUCGGAAACGCUCUUUUGGGAACCCGUUUGAGGGCAGCCGGCGGGAGGAACGUUCCUUGUCAGCACCUGGAAACCUGCUCACCAAAAAACCAACCAGGGAGUGGGAGCCCUUGUCUGAGCCCAAGGAAGCAAGGCAGCGAAGACAGCCUCCGGGGCCCCGAGCCAGCCCCCGUGGGGGAGGAGGAAGUGCCCUUGUGAAAGGUGGUCCCCGCGUGGAAAGUUGGGGGGCUCCAGCCCCUGGCUCCCCACCGCGUACGCCUCCACCGCAAUCCGAGGAGGCGAUGGAGCCGGAGUAGCUGCCUGGACCAGCCCAACCUCGCAUGCCUGGCUGUGUGGCCCUGCACGGGGCUGCUGCGCCCUGCGUUUCCGUAGCAGCAUGUCCUACGGAAACCAAGCAGUGUGCAGAGCCUUGACUGUCAUCUCUGCUUACCUUUCUAUGUUCCUGUUUUGUUUGUUUUUGUGGUUUUUCUUUUUUUCCUUUGUUGUCUAAGGGGAUAAAGAAAAAAAAAAGGACUUGACUCCAUGACGUCGACCUUGGCCGCUGGCUGGCCGGACAGGCGGGUGUGAGGAAUUGCAAAUCGAAACCAACAUGCAUUUUGGGACAGUUGCUUUUUAAAAUGUUUUUAUGCCAAAAACCACACCCCCCUUCAUUGUGAAUUCAGAACCAUGUCAGAUGUACCAGGUGAAUGUGUGUGGGGUUUGAGCUGCACGGAGAGUUAAGUCCUGCUGGCUGGGGUUGCACUUGAGAGGGAGUGGAAGGACCGCGUGACCCCGUACAUGCCCCACGCCUCGGCACUUUCCAGGACUGAGGAAGCACAGGGCUAGCCCUCAGUAGCUGCAGGGGUCUUCCAUGUAGUUUAUUUGUAAUGAGGACUUUUUUUAAGUGUUUUUGUUUCUGUUUUUUUUAAUGGGUAAAAUUAUAGUCAGGAGAACUAAAAGGGCUUGAAGUUGAAAUGCUUGAGGGGCACUUAGCAGCUCUGGAAGAGCAUUCAGCAGCUGUGGUGGCAAAGGUUUGUCUGCAGGGCUGAACACAUUUCUUCAUGCCAGCUGCUCAAAAUGGGUUUCUGAGGUCAUCAGCUAAACUCAUUCUCUUUGUAAGUUGGCAAAACCUUCAGGGUGAUAUCUACUCUUUCAUGUACAUUACAUGGCUUAAGACUCAAAAUGUUUUCAAGUCUCUAACUAGCCUGAGCUCUGGAGAAGCUCAGAAGUUACAUACUGGAGCUUCUAGAGUGUGUGUUCCAGAUUCCGCGGCUGUGUGACGACUGAGCUGAAGUCCAUGCCUGUGCAUUAGCAGCUUCGCUCUCGUGUGCUAGAGACUGUGGGGUUUCUCUCCUCUCGAAUACUGUCUGGUUGAUAUGGCAAUGCAACAUCAGUCUCCCGUGGGCCACUUAGGCGUGUCAUCAUUCAGCUUAGGCACAAAUGGCUAGCCGCAGGGUCAGAGCUUUAACAUGAGUCACACAGUGCCAUCAGAGUGCCACUGCAAAGUGUUGGAACCAGAACAUUCCUCAGGGCAAAGGGCCUUCAUUUUUUUUGUAGGCAGAGCCUGGAGAGCAAACAUGGACCUCUUUGACUUUCAGCCAAUAUUGGAAGUUUGGGUGUGACUGACUACCCAGGGCCACAGAGGAAAACAUGAAGUUUAAGAGGGCUUCUAGACUCUGCUUUCUAGUGCUUUGGAGUGAUCUGGUAAUGACUGUCUAGUCAGUAACGGGGCCCAGAAGCCUGCCUUCUGGGAGUCUCUGUCUGGUGAGCCUCCAUGCAGGGUGUUCCUGCAGAGGCAGGAGCAAGGCCUGUCCAUAGGCUUUCUUAAGUUCUUGACUGUAGUUUAGCCAGACUUCCCUUGCUGUCGAAUAAGCCGUUAGAAUUCGGGCAAAGACUCCAGUGUGGGGAGGUUCUCUCUCCUGCUUGCAUUGUCUUUGUGACCAAGGACUUCCUGUCACUUCCCGUCUUUUAAAUUUAAGGGGAAACAACCCAGUAGCUCUACCCCUUCUGGCCACAGAUGGGGUUCAGCUACUUUGCAAUAAGCAUCUUGUAGUGGUUAAAGCCAGCAGGUCCUGAAGCUCAGUCCCAGCCUGACUGCCUGGCCAUGCCCUGAGGAGGGCAGGCGUGUGCGGAGCUCUGCAGAACUCUUCCUGUGUUUACACCACCACACUGGAUUUCCACACAAUGCCAUUUCUCCCCACCAAGGCACUUUGCAUCCAGGAUGUCUGACCUGGAUUGGCGGCCAUUUCGCAGCACCCAGCUGGUCAGGCAGGAGUUGAGAGGUCUACAUGGGUAACUUUUUUUCUUAAACAAAGAAACACCAAAGAAAGCUGUGGAAAGGAGUGACCCCCCUCUACCCCAUCCUGCCCGGCUGCUGUGCAAAGGCUAAGUGGUCAGACUGUAACUAAAGCAUUAGAGCACAAACGUUUUCAGAAGCAUCGCCAGUGAGGAGAGAAGCCGUCAGAGCAGCUUCUCUGUGUGGGCAGAUAGGCCCACAGUUCCUUCCCUGGCUGGCUCACCCACAAUGUGUAAGCAACCUUGGCCUACACCCAUGGUCUUGAAGGAAGCACAAACCCCAUCCCUCUUCUCUGUCUGUCCUAUCCUGCCUCUACCAUACAUCCCACAGGCCGCCAGUGGUUUCCAGACAUCUUACGGAGCCCCUUGUCCCUUGGGGCUACAGAGGCCACCUCCUUCCUGGCUUGGGCCUUUCCAUGGGACGGAGCUCUUCUCCCGGAACCUUUCUAGAAUCAGGAGAGCAUCUGUGCAAGCUGAGACCAGGUCAGGCCUGCAGCUCCCGCCCGUCUUCCAGAGGGCGCGCUUCACGUUGCCAGGUGGAAGCGACCUCCGUUUGCUCCCAAGGUGCUAGGGAAGAUUGUUGGCUUCUCUCUUCUCCAGCUUCAUGGGCUGAGUUUUGUGGGACUUCGGACUUUUUUAUUUGGUGAUCAGUGCCCUCUGCUUCUGUUUUAUUCCCCCUACCCCCAUCCUCUCUACUAUGCAUUUUUUCCUUUUUAUCAGGUGUACAAAGUUAAAUACUGUGUAUUUAUCACUUACAAGUACAUGAACUUAAAAGAUAAGCUUUCCGUUUUUCCACAGGUGAUUAAGCUUCUCUGUAAACUUGAAAUAAACAGACAGCAAAAUGG